CUGUAUCCUCGUGUUCACAGCUUAUAUACAGCAUAGGCUGUGCUGCAAAAGCGCCCAAGUCUCAUUUGUCAGUGUCCAACCGGGUUGCAUCUUGUGGAGCCUCGGUCCAUGAUUAGCUGGUUAGAUAAGACCCGAAGCUGUUCGCUGCGAAGCAUUCUCAUGCAUCCUCGAUGUCUGCUGCUGAUGAAUGGUACUAUUCCUGUGAGUUGCAUUGCCUAUAUGCUAGCGCCCGUUAUCUAUUCAGCUCUGGAACAUUCCCUCGUACUAGCUCACUGUGUUUGUUUGCUUACUGGUCAGACAUUUGUAUUGGAGCUAUUAGCAUUCAGACCCCUCUCAUUCGUCUUCGUCUUCUGCUUACAGUAACAGUUUUCGAGGAGUGGGUAUGAACAGUGGUAAUACCCAGCACCCCACAGAUGAUGAAAUAAAAACGCACCGUAUCCUUGAAUUCCUGUUCAGAGGUGUUC